AUGCAGAUCAAGAAACUUGUUGCUGCCCUCGCGGGCAUGGCCGUCGUUGCCGAGGCUGGCGUUACCUUCUUGGACAUCGACUCGCCUCUCAGUGCUGCUCUGGCGAAGCGUCAAAACCGAGGUGGAAACCGAGGUGGAAACAACAAUAACAACAACAACAAUGGAGGAAACAACAACAACAACAAUGGCGGAAAUAAUGGAAACGGUCAGCUUUGCUUGCAGACCAACGCGGUGCAGAAGGGUUCUCAGUCUGCCGGAACGCCCGCUGCCCAGCAGGCUCAGUCCGCCACUGACGAUGCCAACUUCAUCAACUUCUGUUCUGGCGAGACACUUACCGAUGGCCAGCAAAAGACUGGAGGAUCCUGCAAUGGUAUUGUCAUGGGCAAGAUCCCCCCCAACAACAAGAUGGUUUCCACCGCCCUGCAAAACCCCCCUCAUAACGGCAACAUCCAAGCCAACCAGGACUUUGAUGUCGAGCUCAAGGUCAACAACCUGGCCGCCGGUUCGUUUACGGACGCCCAGGCCACUUACUACUCGGCUCCCCAGAACCUGAACGGACAGAACGAGAUCAUCGGUCACGUCCACGUCACCAUUCAGGAUAUGGGCAACUCCCUGACUCCCAACCAGCCUCUGGACGCCAGCAAGUUUGUCUUCUUCAAGGGUAUCAACGAUGCCGGAGAUGGCAACGGAAACUUGAAGGCCACUGUCACCGGAGGUCUCCCCGCCGGAAACUACCGUGUCUGCACCAUGUCUAGUGCCUCCAACCAUCAGCCUGUUCUCAUGCCUGUCGCUCAGCGUGGCGCUCAGGAUGAUUGCAACAAGUUUACUGUUGGUGGAAAUGGCAACAACAACAGCAACAAUAACAACAACAACAACAACAAUGGCCAGAACAACAACAACAACAAUGGUCAGAACCAGAACAACGGUCAGAACCAGAACAAUGGUCAGAACCAGAACAACCAAAACGGCGGAAACCGAGGAGGUAAGCAAAACGCCGGCAAAAAAGGAAACGGCGGCAGAGCAGCCGCUGCAGGACGAGGUGCCGGUCAAGCCCCCUUCCCUGGUGGAUUCCCUGGUGGCUUCAACCCUCAAAACCCUGGUGGCGGAAAUCCCUUUGGAGGUGCCCCUUUCCCUGGAUUCGGUAACCCUGGUGCGGCACCAACACAAUCCCAGACCGGAAAUAAUGCACAAGUGACACCUGAUGCUAACAACUCCGGUCAGGACGGGGGCGCCAGUAAUCCCGCCAACGGUAACUCCGGAUCCGGCGGUGGCAAAGGAGGCGCGACGUCGAAUGCUAUCGGCGGACAAGCGGCCCCGGCGGUCACGGAAUCCGGCGAUAGCAGCCGACCCUUCUCUGUCAACGGCAACUCUUUCGUUUCCAAGGCCAGCGCCGUGCAGCGUGCUUGCGAUAUCCAGCGGAACUCCUGCUUCAAUCUAAUCAACGGUGGGAACGGUAAUGGGGCUUCCACAUCCGACUGCGAUGCCCAGGUCCAGAUCUGCAUCCAGGAGCUCUCGUAA